AUGAUGGAAAACCUAGCCAUUUCAGACGCCCCUCCUCAUCCGCCUCCUCCUGCUACCGGGGGGGCGGCCGCGCAGCCUUUUGCGCAGCUGCCGCCGCAGAUGUUUACGACGGCGGCGCAGCUGCUGGACCUUACCGAUAAGAAACUCAUGGUGGUUCUGCGUGAUGGGCGGAAGUUGAUUGGAGUAUUAAGAAGUUGGGACCAAUUCGCCAACAUCGUCCUGCAAUCGACAACGGAGCGGAUAUUCGCCCCGCGCCCCGACAACCCCCAAUCAGAGUACCCGUACGGCUACUUCGCCGACAUACCGCACGGCAUCUUCCUCGUGCGAGGCGAGAACGUCCUGCUCCUGGGCGAGAUCGACCUGGACAAGGACGACGACGCGCCGCCGGGGUAUCAGCUGGCCGAGGUGGACGUGGUGAAGAGGCUCGCGGAGGCGAAAAAGGCGGCGGACAAGGCCAAGGAGAAGGCGCGCUUGAAGAAGCUGGUGAGGAUUGGAUUUGAAGGGGAGAACUUGGGGGAUAUCUUCUUUUGA